GAUCGGAUCCGCUGUUUUCCGCUCGGCUGUGUCGAUCAGCGUUGGAGAGGCGGAAGGGGCUGGGGGAUUCUGUUAUUAUCGGUGACAGAUAUCCGAGUCCACCUGUGUUUUCGUGCGGACCGGGCGACGCGACAUUGAGGCGGAGAGGCCCUGCUAAAGCGCCAGGAUGUUGAAUAUGUGGAAAGUCAGGGAGCUGGUGGAUAAAGCCACCAACGUUGUAAUGAACUACUCAGAAAUAGAGUCCAAGGUUCGAGAAGCCACCAACGAUGACCCAUGGGGCCCGUCAGGUCAGCUGAUGGGUGAGAUUGCCAAAUCCACAUUCAUGUAUGAGCAGUUUCCUGAGGUGAUGAACAUGCUCUGGACCAGAAUGCUCAAAGAUAACAAGAAGAACUGGAGAAGAGUUUACAAGACUUUAUUACUAUUAGCGUACCUCAUCAGAAACGGGUCGGAGCGGGUGGUCACCAGUGCCAGAGAACAUAUCUAUGACCUGCGCUCUUUGGAAAAUUAUAAUUUUGUAGAUGAAAAUGGAAAGGACCAGGGCAUCAAUGUACGGCAGAAGGUCAAAGAAAUGGUAGAGUUUGUCCAGGAUGAUGACCGGUUACGUGAGGAGAGGAAAAAAGCCAAGAAGAACAAGGACAAAUACAUCGGAGUGUCUUCAGAUAGCAUGGGCGGCUUCAAACAAAGUAACUCUGGAGAGAAGUUUGACUCUGAAUCCAAGAACAAAUGGGACGAGGAAUGGGACAAGAACAAAAGCAGCUUCCCCUUUAGUGAAAAGCUCGGCGAGAUAAGCGACAAAAUUGGCAACACCAUUGAUGACACCAUCAACAAAUUCCGUAAAAAGGAGAGGGACGACUCGCCAGACAGAGUCAGUGACAAUGAAGAAGACAAAGUUUCACGGAACGGUCGACCUGCAAAGUCAGAAUUCAAAGAUGAUGAGGAGACGGCAACAACAAAGAGCGUCCAGAUAACACAGACCACAGAUACCAGCACCUCCAGCACCACACGCAAACGCGGCGGAGUCCCGUCCAAAACCGUCGACCUGGGUGCUGCUGCUCACUACACUGGUGACAAAAGCAGCCCGGAUCAUGACAUCACAAAGGCGUCGGACAACCAGUCAUCCAGCAUGGGACUUGCUGAUCUGUUGAUGGUGGAUUCUGCCUCAGGUCAGCCAGCGUUCAAAGGUGGAAGCUCAGACCUCAUCGGUGACUUUGCAGAUUUUUCAUCACCUGCCGCCUCUGCUAUUCUCCCUUCAGCUGCUGGUUCGCUGUCUACUGGCAACGGUGAGUUUGGUGACUGGAACGCCUUCUCCUCCACCAGUCCCCCUGCCUCCAAUGCCCAACCUGCCGUCCCAGACCUGUUCAUUGACGUCAACAUCCCGCCCGCCCCAACAUCCCAACCGCCUUCUGCUGACCUCUUUGACCUCAUGGCCCCCAACAACAGCAAUCUCAAUGCAUCCCAAAGCAUGACCUUCAACAUGUGCUCGCAGACUGCAGCCAUGUCCAGAUCGCAGACAAUAGGUGGUCCAUUAUUGCACCAGCAGAUGGGGCUACAGAAAUCAGGAGGAAGGGUGUCAAUGCCCGCAACCUGGUCAGACCCGAGCGUGAACAUUAGCCUGGAUUUCCUUUCUGCAGGCUUGAACCCUCCAAAGCCCACACAGCCCACACUCAAUACCAUGAUGCAGCAAGGUGUUCAACCGCCCUUAAACAUGGUAACCCAGAAUUUUUCCGGAAUGACACUUAAUACCCAGCCAUCGGCAGCUACUGCCAGAGCAGGAAUGAACCCCAUGAUGCCCGGAGGAGGAGCGAUAGGCAUAGGAAUGCCCCCCACCAUGGCAACAGGCACUAUGGGAAUGGGCUCUGUGGCCAUCGGAGGCAUGCCUGCCAAUCAAGGACUAAUAGGCAUAAAUAUGAACAUGGCACCCACUGGAAUCGGCCUACAAGGAGCCAUUGGCGUGCCCAGCAUGGGUAUUGGCCAAGGUAUGAAUCCCGCCAUAGUGCAACCUAAACAAGAUGCCUUCGCACAUUUCGGCAACUUCGAAAAAUGAAGGAUGAUCCAAUCCAAGGGGGUUACCGGUCCAAAUACACCUUCACAAAAGAAGGAGCUGCAUCCAGUAAAAUGGACAAAACUAGCCAGUGACACAACACUUCAAUCAUUUGUCUUUAUACAUUAACAGAUAACCAGAAAAAAAACAAGAAUCAACUUUUCAUUCCUGUUGGGUUGGUAAUCGAAGGGCGGAUUUAUUUUGUAAAUGGAGAAAGCAUAUAAUAUACUUUAAAAUACGGCUGUAUGCAGUUUGGUACAUUUUCCUACUGUCUGUUUCAUAACAGAAACUUCAUCUUUGGUCACGGCCCCCUUUCACCAUUUCAAAUACGAUUGCGUUCAGAAAUUACCUCAUAAUUUGCAUUAUUCAUGCUGUGAUUUUAAGACUUCUAGUGGUUGACGUUGUAAAUAUCUUGGUGUGCAGAAAAUAAAUUAUUUUACUCGGUUCUCAGAUGGUAUGAAAUGGGACAGAUUACCACAGGUCCUUAAUAUUAAUAUGUUUUUAUUGUUUGGUUGAGUUGUUACCGUUUGUCUGAGUUACUCCUUAAAAUCCGUUACCACUCCAACUUCUCUUGUCACUGAAAUGAGCAUUCCUCUGGCAUUUAUGGGCUAUAUCUCAUUCUGUAGAUAUAGUUUCAGAUCUUUUGUGUAGCAAGUCCGAAAAUGAAAGUGUGUCUGAAAGUGCAACGGCUGCCUUUUAAUAAAAAUGACGAAUGUGAAGGUUUUAAACGUUCUUGUAAACAGAAGUGUCACUCUGAAACUCAUUUGGAAUCUCAGAGGAUGUUUUUUGGAUGAAAAGCGCACGAUGAAUGAUAGGGCAGAAGAUACAAAGGUGCGCUUAAUGCUAAGAUCCCUCAAAUUGCACAACUGCGUGCAUUGGCAGUAGCAGGAGUGAUGUCACACAUUUCCAGUAACUACUUGAAUUGGUGUUUAUGAUGCCUCAUAAUAAUUGUCAUAUCUGUUAUUGUUUUCUUGCAUGAAUGAAGUGUCUCACAUUUAUGAUGAAGCAAAUUUUGCGAAUCAGUGUUACGUUCAGUCACAGGAUUGUAUGAUGCUCAAUGAAGACAUUGUGAACCCCAAAUGAAGUUUAAUGUCACUUUUCUUAUGUUUGUUGUUUUAGUUUUGUCUAUUUUCCCAUAUGCUGCUUCAAACGAACACUAACAGGGGGCCCUCCAUCAGGCACCGGGGCAUUACGUUCAAAACGACCAAAUCUUUAUUUUAAUACUGUUUAGAUUUGUUCCAUAGGGGUUUAGUUUCCUAUUUUAAUACGUAACAUUAUACAGAGAGAUCCUGUGCAUAUAUACUGUGUUUUAGGCAUGGGUGAAUGAUUGAGGAAACUUACUAGUUUAUGCAAAUGUAAAGAGAAUCAUAGGAUCAAGCGCCUCUUUCAUUAUAGGUUCUUCUCAGAUUUCAUUGUGUUGAUUUUAUUGUACUCGAAAACUUUGUUUACCAUUAAACAAUUUCAUCAAAAACUGAA